GGCUCCCCACCGAUUAUUCCGCAUACUGAGUGCCUCCGACACGCUGGCCACGGAGCAUCUAGAACUCAAAAGCCUGGGAAAGAUGCCUGGCAUGCAUCGCGACUUGCAGUGCAUUCAUCCCUGGAGUCCAGCACCUGGAAAAUGGCCAUCGCCUCGAGGUCAGGCAUCAAGAGAGGGAUUUUUUUGGAAACGCCCAAGCUUAUGGCGGCCUUCUGCGACGCGAAUCAGUGCUAUUAUUAAUGGGUGUCGCAAUCUCCUAUUCCCGUUUCUGUGGACGUGCAUCGGAAGUAUCGAGCGGCAGCAAAGCUUCAUCACACGUUCCGAGUAUCAUCAGCGUCAGGCAAUUGCUGACUCCGUCCACACACGCGGGUCCGCACAGUCCAUGGCGAGAGACAAUGGCCUUCCCCUGACGACAAUGUAGCAACAAGAUCUUCAAGCCUCAAGCCUCGAUGCUUUGCCUAUACGUGUCCACGCCAGUCUAGAUGAAAUGCUAUUCAACGGAGAUUUAGGCUGCUCUCGUAGUUGGGUUGUGAUGUGCCCAUGCUGACUCGCUUAGGAGCCGUUCGAUGCUUACUUAGAUCUACGACCGC